GAAGAGCGAGAGACCAGGGCAGGCGGGAGGAGGCGAGGAGAGCGACGGGCACGCGGCGCGCAGGCUCCCGCCGAGUUGGCACCGGCGGGCCGGCCGCCGACGCCCCCUCGGCGUGACUCCGCACGCGGCGUGACUCCGCACCCGGCCCUGCAGGAAGCGCGCGCUGAUUGACAGUCGCGGUGCCCCAAAAAGGCGCGGCGAAGAUGCUGAUCUGCGGGUGGGUCUAGACGCGCGGCCGGCGCGCCCGGUGCCCGCUCCCCUCCGCGCCCCGCCAAGGGCUCCGCCGCCUCCCGGCUGCCGAGGCGCCGGGCACAGACCCCGCCGCCGGUGCGCCAGCCCCCGCGGCCCCGGCUCACCAUGCACUGCCACGCGGAGCUGAGGCUCACCUCGCCCGGCCAACUCAAAGCAGCCAGGCGGCGCUACAAGACUUUCAUGAUCGACGAGAUCCUCUCCAAGGAGACCUGCGACUACUUUGAGAAACUUUCCCUCUACUCCGUGUGCCCCUCGCUGGUCGUGCGACCCAAGCCCCUGCAUUCCUGUACCGGCCCCGCUUCCCUCCGGGCAUACCCUCUCCUCUCCGUGAUCACCCGACAGCCCACCGUCAUCUCUCACCUGGUCCCCGCCACCCCGGGAAUCGCCCAGACGCUGUCCCGCCACCCCGCUGCUGCCGAGGCGGCCCCUGCCGAGGCCCCGGGCGGCGAGGCGCUGGGCAGCAGCGAGUCCGAGACGGAGCAGCUCACCCCGCGGCAGAAGAAACCCCGCCGGAGCCGCACCAUCUUCACGGAGCUGCAGCUCAUGGGCCUGGAGAAGAAAUUCCAGAAGCAGAAGUACUUGUCCACCCCAGACAGGUUGGACUUGGCCCAGUCUCUGGGACUCACUCAACUGCAGGUGAAGACUUGGUAUCAGAAUCGCAGGAUGAAAUGGAAGAAAAUGGUUCUUAAAGGUGGCCAGGAAGCGCCCACCAAGCCCAAAGGCCGCCCCAAGAAGAACUCCAUCCCCACCUCCGAAGAGAUUGAAGCUGAAGAGAAGAUGAACAGCCAGGCCCAGCGCCAGGAGUGCCCCACGCCCUCACAGGGACGGGAGGAGCCCUGUGACACCCAGGAACCUCAAGCCUGCCACGUCCCCUUGGAGGUGGCUGAGCCGCCAGGCCAGCCGCAGGAGUUGCCAGUAGCCUCUUCGGAACCCCCGCCACCGUCAAGCUAAAAGAAAACUCUUUGAGGGGCAGGGGAGACUGGGAAAAAGGGAAAGAGAGAAGGCAGGAGGAUAGGAGAGCAAAACUCCCCGAAGCCUGGUAAAGGGAGGGAGAAGAGAGCCACCUGCCUCCAUCCCUCCCUCCCACAGGUCUCGGUGGCAUUUUCAUCGCAAGCAUUGGAGAAGACUCGCUUGCCUUAGGCCUCUCUCCUCCUGAAAGGAUGCUUUAGCCACAGGAUGCCCUGCAUACAGGGAGACGGUGCCUUGGAACUGCCUGCCCCCCGCUGAAGGCUGUGGCGCUGGGUGGGCACCCCACAUGGCUCGGUGGAGGGCGGCUCAGCUCCCUCCCUGCCUCUGGGCAGCCGGUCAGCAAAGCAGAAAGAUGCGGAGGGCUGGGGCAGCUUGCUCAGGUCCCUUGCUGACUCAGCACUUAUUUCUGUAGUUUUUAAAAGAGAAUUUCCGGUUUUUGGUUGUUGUGGAGGGGGGUGGUUGAUGAGGGCGGGCUGGAAAGAGUCUGGGGAAGGGAGUUCUGAGUUAUUCCCAUUGUUUCUGAAUAAAGUUUGUUUGUUUGAAGACACGUGUGCCUUGGAGCCCCUGAUGAGAUUGUCAGGUGACUUGGAAGAACUGAGCAGCCUUGUUUUUUCUCUCGCUGCUUCGUUGAGUUGCCAUCCUUGAAGCUGCAAUGCGGACAUGUUAAGAUAACUUUUAUUUUUUAAUGAAAAAUAAAUCUUUCAAAAGGGU